AUGAUGAAUGUUUGGUCUCUUAAACGCUUUUCCUCUACUACAGGAAGUUCUAUUACUUCCAGUUCAAAUAGCAUUGGGUACUUUGCAUAUAGUAUUAACUCAAAAAUCAUUGUAUUUGACAUAAAUUCGAUGAUUGAUGGGAGCAAUGGUAACAUUAUGUUGAAGUCAAAUACCUUCAAUAGGGUUGUAAUAGAUAUUCAAGGUGAAACUAAAAAUAUCCGACCUUGGAAAGACUUUAGUGCAAACAAGUCCCAGGAUUACAUUACCCUAGAACCGUUCUGUAAGUUUUGGGUCAAAUCCGUAUUUGUGAAUGACCUUCAAUGGGGCCCAUAUACCCAAAGUAGGUGGUCAAUUCUUUUUUCUUCCUUAAACAAUGGAGUAGUACAUAUAUGGCUUGUCCCAAACAUUGAUUCAUACUCGCUUCCAAAUUAUUCUCCAAUCCCGUGUUUUGAACUAUUGGACUUAGUAUACAACAGCUUAACAACUGAGACUGAUAGUAAGCUAGUUGAAUUUGACUGGGAUACCAUGAAGGCUGUUAAAGGAAAUAUAUCACAAAAUCUUUGUACAGAUCUUAUGCUGAACACGGAUACCCCUAUUGCUUAUUCUUGUGUAUUAUCAGUUCAGAAAAGCGAAAUUUCUUUCAAAAAUAAUGGUUUUGCCCUUUUUUCAGCCUGCUGGAAUGAGUUCUUUGUAGUUUAUGCAAUUGAUAUAUGCGAAAACCCUGAAGAAAGUUGCAAAACUACCAUUAACAAAAUUCUAACCUCAGAACAGAAAUAUUUAUUUGAAUCUUUUCCGAUAACCCCAAAAGUAAACUGUAGGCCUUUAAUACUGACUCGAAUUCCAGAUAAAAAAUUGGAUGAAAUAGUAACGAGUUGCUUAAUUACUGAAUUUUGGUCUUCUGGAAAGGAGUUACUUUUCGAGAUUUAUACUGGUUCAUCUGAAGGGAAAAUACAAAUAUUUAAAUUUUCUAUAUUAGAAGACUCCAGAGAUAUUAAAUGUUUAGGCCAUAAUUUGAUCAAUAAAAGCUGCCCCAGUGUUCCAAUUACACAAUUAAGUUAUAAACCUGUUUCAAAUAUUAGCAAUGGGAAGGAACAUAUACUUCUUGCUUCAAAAGGUACAAACAUCUUUUUUGGAAAAGUUGGUGUUGAAGGCAUGAACUGUGAAAUUCUCAAACCAACUAUUCAUAACAUCAAAUUCAGCCACCAAAUGCCAAUUAAAACUGCAAAAUACAUGGAGGAUAUUAUAUACAAUGAGAAAAUAUUUGAUACUGCUUUUUUAACAGUAGACCAAAGUGGACUGGGGAUUCUUCAUAUUGUUGAUUUGGAAAAAAAAACGUUUAAUUCAGUCCAGGUUCUUACAAUGAGUAAGUUGAACGAUGCUCCCUCGAUGUUUCCAAACCUAGACCAAAGUUCAAAUAAUUCUAGUAAUGACUUAGAAAGUUCCAACCAAAACCUGAACAAGAGUUUUUCUCUGGAAAGCUUGCAGAAUGUUCCCUCCAGCAUAAAGUCAAUUAAAAACUCCAACAAUGAUUUUAGAUUGAUUUCUUUUGAAAAUCCUUUGGUACCUGGACAAUUUUACAACUUUAAAAAAAAAAGUCUUCAUAAUUUCUCCAUUGCUGUAACUAACUCAGCAGCUUUAAACACAAUUCGUCUGAUCAUUGUAUUCAACAAUUUCUCUCCGAUGGACCAUAUCUGUAACAGAAUUUCAAAUCACUUUAUCCAUACUGAAUCUCUAAUUAACAACUACUCCGACUUUGAGGACGAAAAAUGCCUGUACAAUCUCUCCAAAGCAGUUUCUCAAGCCUUUACACUUAACGACAUAAGACUUAUUCUUGCGGGCCCUCUAACCAUGAACAAAAUUCCUCUAUUGGAAGAAAUAGAUGAAAAGCCACCAAAAGGACAUGAGGAUCUUAUUCAACCUAAGGAGGUCAGCGGCAGUAAUAGCAAUGGCAGUUUAAACGAGGAUACCAAUAAAAAGAUGAGUUCGUUUUUGAAUUUAAAACUUGGGGAAAAACUUAGAUUGAAAGUAAAAGAUGAGGAAUCUUGCAAAGAUGAAAGUUCUGAUGAGGUUCUGAAUGUAUUUUUCUCUAUAUUCUAUGAGAUUAUACCUUUGGAACUGAUUAAAGAUGCGAUUUCUUAUAACUUAAUUGAAGAUGAGUUUCCACAAGAUAUUACCAGUUUUUUCAAUAUUUACAAACCAAUCUUUUCUAACUUAAUUCUGUUGAUUUUCUGCUACAUAAUUGAAAUUGAGCCAUUUAUACCUAAGUCUUUGGAAUAUGUAGUCGGCUGUAAAGACAAAAACAAUAGCUUUGAAACCCUUGUUAAGACCCUAAAUCAAGCAGUCCCCCUCUCUGAACUUCCAAAUAAAGAGCUUGAGAAAUCUAAUUUAAGCAAAGAGUCUAUGUUAUCUCUCUUGUUCAAAAUCAUUUAUUUGGUUAGAAUUCUGAAUUCAUUAAGAUGCCUUGUAGUUUUACUUUACUCUCGUUCUAAUGAAACGGUGGAUCCCUCAGUAAUAAAACGUGAAGAACAGAUGUCCAUAUAUCUAGUUAAGUUGCAAUACUACAUUCAACUUCAAAUAACUCAAGUAUACCACGUUGAGUUCCUUGGAUUACAGCCAAAUUUAUCCGUUACCGCUGGCUUAAAAUAUAUCUGGAGUUGUGUGAAAGAAUCUAAACCCAUAUACUUGUCCCAAAUUGCCUUGUCAGACAAAGGUUUGGGUGAAUACUUUCAAGAUUUGAUUGAUAACUCAUGUUGCCUGAUUUCAGAGCCGCCCUAUAACCUUUAUCAGUGUUUAAAUAAGCACCAAGAAUUCAUGGAUUCAAAAACUUUUGAUGCUGGUAGCUCCAACUCCAACUCUAACUCUAACUUUAAAGAUGGCUGUGUAUCUUCUGUUCCAAUUUGCCCAAUUACCUUUCUUCCAGUAAAUGUUUUUGCAAUGCACAAACAUCUUUCAUGCAAUUUUUGUGGGAAGGUUAUUUUCAUUCCAACAGAAAUGAUUAACCAAACUUGUAUUCAAAGCGGAAAAGACUUAAGCUCUUCAAUUUCCAUUUUUGAGAAAAUAUCUCUUCGAGGUGGAUAUUACACAUGCCAGUUCUGCCUGAACGUUACUGAACUUUUGGAUAUUUAA